CAUUUGCCCUUCUUUCCUCUCUCUCCCCCCCUUUCUCUGAAUCUGGUUCUGAAGUUGCCUCUAUAGAGAGAGGGGAGGAGGGCUUCUAGAGAGAGAGAGCCCAGCAGAGUGAGGGAGGGGCAAAAUGUCAGAUCCAGACCACCGGAGAAAAGCCCGGCCGACGAUGGACCUGGACCUUCUGAUCGGAAGGCUGGAAGUGACGGCCGACAAGCCGGACUCCAAAGAGCCGGGCCUCGGCUCUCCGGUCUCCCCGCUCAUGGGUCAGAUUCCGGAGGGAAGCGCCUCCAGCUCCACCACCAGCUCCUCCGGCUCUUCGGUCACUGGAAAAUCUACGCUUUCUGUCAAGAAGCCCUCGGAUUCUGGCGACUCAUUGAAGAAGCCCACGGAUUCGGGAGAUUCCGAGAGUGUCUGCACGAAGCGGCAAGUCACUGGCAACAUACUGUGCUCGCCGGAUUCAAGGCGGAAUCCGGUGAAGGCGGCGGCCACCGGCCUGGUUGUGGGCCAGAUUCCCGCAACGGGCAAUGUGCUUCCCAGUGGGAACAUUGUGCCGUCUGGAAAGGUCCAGCCAUCUUCUGGGAAGCUCCAGAACUUGCGGGGGUCCCGCAGCGAUGUGUUGGGGUCUGGAACAGGGAAUUAUGGACACGGGAGUGUGGUGAGGGGCGGGAGGGCAGGCGGAGGGGGAGAGACCAUGGCUGGGGCGAGUGGCCAUAUCAAUAACGUGGAAGAGGUGAAGAGGAAGGGGAAUGAGGAGUAUAGGAAGGGGAAUAUGGAGAGGGCGUUAGUGCAUUAUGAGAGGGCAAUAGCAAUGGCACCUGAAAAUGCAGCCUGCCACGGGAACAGGGCGGCCGCAUUGGCGGGGUUGGGCAGGGUGUGGGAGGCAGUCAGGGAGUGCGAGGAAGCUCUGCGAAUCGACCCAACCUAUUUGAGGGUUCACCAGAGGCUGGCGUCUUUGCAUUUGAGAUUGGGUCAGGUUGAGAAUGCCUGGAAACAUUUGUGUCUUGCCGGAAAUCCACCGGAUUCCAAUGAGUUAAGGAGAAUUCAAACAGUGGAGAGGCAUGUAAACCAGUGUGCUGAUGCUAGAAAGGUUGGUGAUUGGAAGAGUGCAUUAAGGGAAGGAGAUGCAGCCAUUGCAGCUGGAGCUGAGUCCUGUCCUCAGCUCUUUGCAUGUAGAGCGGAAGCCCUGCUCAUGCUCCAUCGACCCGAAGAGGCUGAUGCUGCCUUAUCAAGUGUGCAAAAUUUUGAGCUCUCCUCCACAUCACUGUCUCUCACAAAAUUCUUCGGAAUGAAUGGCAAUUCUUACCUCUUCUUCGUCCGAUCUCAGGUUGAUAUGACUUUAGGAAGGUUUGAUCAAGCAGUUUCAGCUAUCGAGAGAGCUUCUCAGAUCGACCCUCGAAGCUCUGAGAUUGCAGCCAUGGCCAAUCGGGCAAGGAACGUAGUAAGGGUUAGGGCAAAGGGGAAUGAUCUCUUUAACAUGGGCAAGUUUAUAGAGGCUUGUGUAGCUUAUGGAGAAGGCCUUGAAUGUGACCCAUCAAACCCUUUGCUUUACUGCAAUAGAGCGGCUUGUAGGGCGAAGCUUGGGCAAUGGGAACGGGCCAUUGAGGACUGUAAUCAGGCUCUCAGGUUUCGUCCCAAGUAUACCAAAGCCAUUCUCAGACGAGCCACCUAUAAUGGAGAGUUAGAGAAAUGGGCAGAAGCUGUGCGUGAUUAUGAGAUUUUGAGGAAAGAGCUCCCUGGGGACAGCUCUGUAGCUGAGGCUCUAUUCCACGCACAGGUUGCCCUUAAAAAGUCUCGUGGUGAGGAUGUUCACAAUAUGAAAUUUGGGGGUGAAGUAGAGGCAGUUUCAGGAAGGGAACAAUUCAGAGCCGCCAUUUCUUUACCUGAUCUCAAUCGAAUUUCAGGGGUGUCAGUUGUGCAUUUCAAAGCCUCCUCGAACUACCAAUGCGAGCAAAUCUCUCCCUUUGUCGAUGCUCUGUGUGAGAGAUACCCUUUUGUCAAUUUUCUCAAGGUUGAUAUCAAUGAGAGCCCAGCUGUUGCAAAUGCAGAGAAUGUGAGGAUUGUUCCAACCUUCAAAAUCUACAAAAAUGGUUGCAGAGUUAAAGAGAUGAUAUGCCCAACCGAGCAAGUGCUAGAGUAUUCAGUGAGACAUUACAGCCUCUAAAAGAAAUUGCAUUCUUUUGCCCUUCCCCCCUUCUUCAUUUUGCUGAUUCAUACAUAUUCGAUCCAUGUCUCGAACUGGCUUCAUGGCACUCAAUAACUCACUUAGACAGAACCAGAGCCAUCGCCAUUUCCAGAGGGGCCCGUUAGCGAGGUUUUCUCCUUAUUUUUUUCCUUUCAAUUUUUCAGCCUCACCAUUCUUUUCAUUUCCUUCUGAUUUUCAAUAUUUUCUUGUUCUUUUCUUUUAUGAGGCCGGCCUAUUUGUACAAACCCCCUUCCUCUUCUUGAGAAGUUGAGAAAGAAUGUACAAUUCAUUGGGG